AUGGGGUCAAUCCAGGAGGGCUGUAUCACAUUGGGUGAACUUGCUGCGCUCUUUCUAAAGAGUUACAGUCUUCGCUGAGUAUCAGUCCUGCAUCAGGGUAACCAUGGGAAAGUACAAAAUCCAGGUCUUCACCGGUACAGCUCUUGGCGCUGGCACGUCUAACAAGAUCUACAUGACCUUAAUUGGCUCAAUCUCCAAUAGUGGACCCCAUAAGCUUAAAACGCUAACAGCCUUUUGGCCUGGAUCGAGGCAAACUUUCACAGUCGAAAGCGAAUCAAAUAUAGGCGAGCUCUUACUGGUUGAAGUGGAGCCUAGGCCACGAUCAUUGUUGCCACACAUUGAUGACGACUGGUUCUGCACCAAAAUCAUUGUAACAACACCUGAAGGAGUCAAUGUGCUUUUCCCAUGUUACUGCUGGAUGGGCAGAGAUGAGAAGCUGUUUCUCAGGCAUUCUAUAGCCAUGCUAAAAACUAAGGACACGGUUCCUCAACUCCUGGCGCACAGACAAGAGAACCUGAAGAAACGGCGCCAAGAGUUCAAGUGGAGUGUAUAUGCUCCGGGAUUACCUCACACUGUGCUCGCUAAAUCUCCACAUGAGUUGCCAGCUGAGGUCAGAUUCUCUUUCACCAGAGAAAAAGAAUUCCAGUUCACCUCGGGUGCAGCUUUCAUGAAGCUGAAACUGGAAAACCCUUUAAACGGCACUUGGAACAGCUUUGAAGCGAUCAAGGAGAUUCUCUCCGAGAAGCCAGAGACUUACGAAUAUGUGGAGAACAACUGGAUGACGGAUGAAUUCUUUGCAUACCAGUUUCUAAAUGGUCUGAAUCCCAUGAUCAUCAAGCGCUGCUCAAAACUGCCUGAGAAAUUCCCGGUCACCAAUGAAAUGGUCAAAAGUUUUUUACCAGACACGAGCACGUUGGAAUCAGAAAUGAAGAAGGGAAAUAUCUUCAUCUGUGACUACGAAAGACUGAGAGACAUUGAGGGAAAUGUGAUCAGCAAUCAAAAGCAGUAUCUGGCUGCUCCACUCUGUCUGCUUUUCAGCACUCAGGGCAAACUGAUGCCAAUUGCCAUCCAGUUGAACCAGCAGCCUGGACCAGGGAAUCCCAUUUUUCUGCCCUCCGACUCUGAGAAUGAUUGGCUGUUGGCGAAGAUCUUUGUGAGAAAUGCAGAGUUUAAUGAACAUGAGCUGAACUUCCAUCUGCUGCGCGCUCACCUGAUGGGGGAGGUCUUCACUGUGGCAACGAUGCGCAACUUGCCUUCAUGUCAUCCGCUGUAUAAGCUCCUGAUACCUCACACUCGCUAUAAUCUCCAGAUCAACAUCUUGGCCAGGAGUCUGCUGAUCUCAGAGGAUGGGUAUUUCCCUAAGUUCACUGCCAUUGGGAAUAAGUCUAUGACCACUUUCCUGAAAAGAGCAGCCUCUUCUCUGACGUACAGCUCCCUCUGCAUUCCGGAUAAUAUCAAGGAGAGGGGGUUGGAGACGAUUCCCAAUUACUUCUACAGAGAUGAUGGUCUGGAGCUGUGGGACAUCAUUUACAAGUUUGUGUCUGGAUUUGUGUCGCAUUACUACAAAGAUCAAGACGUCAAGGACGACAACGAGCUGCACUCAUGGCUCACUGAGAUAAGAGAAAACGGCUUCCUGGAACGCAGUGAAGCUGGAUUUCCCAAGUCUUUCGGCACGGUCAAAGAGCUGGUGAAGUUCAUCACCAUGGUGAUCUUUACUGUGUCUGCUCAACAUGCUGCGGUCAACAGCGGCCAGUUUGAAUUCGGGGGAUUUAUGCCCAACUUUCCAAGCACUCUCCGAUGUCCACCACCCCGUCAAAAAGGAGAAACCACCAUGGACUCUGUUCUUGAGGCCUUACCUGACAUCAGCACCACGAUUAACACCAUUGCUGUUGUGUACUUGCUGAGCCAGGAGUCUGCUGAUCGGUAUCCGCUUGGACAUUACCCCGAGGAGCUGUUCAGUGAGGAGAUGUCACUGAAACUGAUAGCACAGUUCAAAAGUGCUCUGCAAGAUCUUGAGAAGAAAAUCGAUAACAGGAACAAGAAGCUUGCUCUGCCGUACACAUACCUGAAUCCACCGAAUGUGGAUAACAGUGUUGCCAUUUAGAGUGAGGGUCUUUGAUUUGACCAUGUGUUUCUCUGUAGGCCUUAAACACACCUGUCUGUUUAUUGUGCAGUGCCUUAAUACUGUCAGUCCACUUAACAUGAGAAAAGCAGGCCAUGAAAAACUAUAAAUUACUUAAACUAUGAAAUCUAACCUUGUACAAGAAAAAAAAGUCCAGAAAUAAAUCAUUUUCUCAAAUUUGUGUGAGCCACAAUUGUUAGACCCCUUUAUUUAGUGCUUUGUCUAGCUUUCCUUUGCAAAGAUAACAGCUCUGAAUGUUUUCCUAUUACGCUUAGUGAGAACGGAGAACACAUGGCGAAAGAUCCGAGAUCAGUCCUCCAUACAGAACCUCUCCAGAUACUUCAGAUUCAGAGAUCCAUGCUUGUAGACUCUCCUUUUUAGCUCAUUCCACAGGUUUUCUAUGGGGUUUAGGUCAGGGGACUGGGAUGGUCAUGGUACAACAUUGAUUCUGUGGUCAGUGAACUAUGUUUGUUCUGAUUUUGGGAUGAGAAUCAAUGUUUUGCUGGAAAAUCCAAUUGCAAUGCAAUUUAAGCUUCCUGGCUGAAGAAGUCACAUGUUGAUUUACUAUCUGUUGGUAUUAGGGCCUUUAUUAUGUCCAGGGCCUUUGGAAGAAAAUGGGGUCAGUAUAAACAUGCAUCCUCUUCCUAGAUCUCUGUCACCAGUAGUUUUCAGCUCCUUAAUUGUUGCUUCCAUAGCAGAAAUAGGCCAUUUCAACUGUUUAGCUGUUUUCUUGUAGCCAUUUCCUGAUUUGUUCAUGAUGUUGUGCAUCAUUGCUGUUUCUUUCUCAUAGUGAUGGAAAACAGAGAACGUGGCCUGUGUGUCACCCCCUGUUCAUACCCCAGUGAAACAGGUGAAAAUGUUAGUGUUCUGUUGCACAUCAAUAAUAAAUCCAUCAGAAAACAAA